AGCUUCUCCACCACCGCCGCAAGGACUGCCGCUGACCGUCGCUCUCAGGCACUACCAUCGUCGUCUGGUCGUCCGUGCUUCUUCCUCCUUCAAGAAUCGCAGCUUCUUAUUCGUCGAUCUCGGCGCGUCAGUUCCUGGUAUUCAUCUGCUCCAUCACGCUCCUGCCGCCGUCCGUCGGGCGCUCAUUCACCAUCGUCUUCGUCUGGUCGUCGCAGAUUCUUCCAACCCACCACCGUCUUCUGAGUUGUGUUCGUCGCCUGGCCUCUAUCUCCGUCACGAUUCUGCCCCCCUCUUCUCAGACUGCUCAGUAGAAAAACCCAUCUCCAUUCCAGUUUCCUUCCUUCGAGUUCAGAGAGCAGAAGCUCAACCAAGAACAAAACCUUAGACUUCGACGGUUAGUAUAUACCCGAAGCCAUGCAUCAUAUCCCUCCAACUCCUUCCAUGGCUGCUGCAAGAGAAGAAGCUGAGAAUGUUAUGUUUGGUGCUUUGGAUAAUCUCUUUGCUAAUAGAAAGAUUAAGCCUAAGGAUAUUGGUGUUCUUGUUGUGAAUUGCAGUUUGUUUAACCCAACUCCUUCACUUUCUGCAAUGAUUGUGAACAAGUACAAGCUUAGGGGUAACAUUAGAAGCUUCAAUUUGGGUGGUAUGGGUUGUAGUGCAGGAGUUAUAGCCAUUGAUCUUGCUAAGGACAUGCUUCAAGUUCAUAGGAACACUUAUGCUGUUGCUGUUAGCACUGAGAACAUUACUCAGAAUUGGUACUUUGGGAACAAGAAAUCUAUGCUGAUCCCAAAUUGUUUGUUCCGUGUUGGUGGUUCUGCUGUUUUGUUGUCCAACAAAGGCUCUGUUAAGAGAAGAGCAAAGUACAAGCUUGUUCAUGUUGUGAGGACUCAUAAGGGUGCUGAUGAUAAAGCUUUCAGGUGUGUGUAUCAAGAACAAGAUGAUGAUGGCAAAACUGGUGUUUCUCUCUCAAAGGAUCUUAUGGCUAUUGCUGGUGGGGCUUUGAAGACUAACAUCACAACUUUGGGGCCUCUUGUUCUUCCAAUAAGUGAACAGCUUCUGUUCUUUGCUACUUUGGUUGUUAAGAAGCUUCUGAAUGCAAAAGUGAAGCCUUAUAUACCUGAUUUCAAGCUUGCAUUUGAUCAUUUCUGCAUUCAUGCUGAUGGGAGAGCUGUGAUUGAUGAGCUUGAGAAGAAUCUUCAGCUUCUGCCUAUGCAUGUUGAGGCUUCUAGAAUGACACCUCACAGAUUUGGGAACACUUCUUCAAGCUCUAUUUGGUAUGAGCUGGCAUACACUGAAGCCAAGGGAAGAAUGAGGAAGGGGAAUAGGGUGUGGCAGAUUGCAUUUGGAAGUGGAUUUAAGUGUAACAGGGCAGUGUGGCAGGCACUUAGGCAUGUCAAGGCUUCACCCAAUUCUCCUUGGGAAGAUUGCAUUCAUAGGUAUCCAGUGCAGCUAUUGAUCUGGUUGAUGAAGCCGGUCCCAAACUGAAAAUGGAAAUUACUUCUAAACCUACUGCACUUGAUGAGAUCAACCGGUCAGUCUUGAAACUAGAGAUGGAGCGACUUUCUCUAACAAAUGAUACAGAUAAGGCCUCAAGAGACAGGCUAAAUCGUCUUGAGACAGAGCUCUCUCUUUUGAAAGAAGCCUGAAUAUUUGUUAGAUGACUGCAAUGGGAUGCUUGUUAGAAUCAAUAAGUUCCUGAUCAAAACAAAAGACAAAGCAUCUGUGGAAACAAUGCGGAUUCUGUUAUUAUACCAGACAGAUUUGAGCUGGAUGCUUUUGAUCUAGACAUACUUGAAGAUGCCGGCGGAGGCCAUAUUGCUUCACAGGAGGAAAUUACUCUUAAAGGCUGAUCAAUCAGGAACUAUAGUCGAAAUCCUUGCAGAAGAUGGCAAGCCUGUUAGUGUUGACAUGCCCCUUUUUGUGAUUGAACCUUAGAGCUUGUGGAGUGUUCAGAGUACAAUCAUUGAAAUAGACUCUACGGGACUGCGGCUGGGGCUCUUCAUGUCAGUCUGAUGGCUGGGGCUCCGCACAUCAGUUUGAUUGAAAUUUGAGUUAGCUUCAUCUGGCAGAACUUCACCUGGUGGAGUGCUGGAACCUGCACGUUGAAUUGGAAGGGGAUUCCCUGUAGCAAUUGCAUCAUGUUUUGC